UGAACUCACGUUGUCAUUUUCAACAAGACUCCACCUGGAUAUAAUCGAAUAACUUCGCUUUUGUCACGUAGGAGACACAACAAGUCACGAAAUUGACAGAUCACCGGUGAUCUCCUCGCGUCGUAGUUUGUACCUUUCACAAAUAGGCUAAAGAAUUGAACUUUACAUAUGGUAGCCAAAUUUAUUGUGCGAAUCCAACAGAGUGACGGUUCACAGUGUUAUAACAAAAAAGGUGUUGAGUGCUGAUUUCCGAGGGUUCUUAUACUGAGGUUUUGGUCCCUGUGGAGUGAUUAUCGUCGGGUUUAUAUCAGACGCGCCUAUUCCGUUACUAUCUGGUUAGUGUUUCGAUGGCUGUCGCAUGCAGGAUGUUUUGUCUACGCUGUUACUGCUCCUGAGCGUGUGACGCUUUCGUACGGUGGCAGACGAUUUAUUUCCACUGUGUCGAACAUCGUGUUGUCUCUUUUUUUUUUCUUUUUCUUUUGUCGCGGAAAAUCGCGCGGUGCGAAUGAAGCGAUAAUUGUAUUUCGAUGGCUGCGGCAUGCAGGAUGUUUUGUCUACCCUGUUACUGCUUCUGAGCGUGUGACACUUUCGUACGGUGGCAGACGAUUUAUUUCCACUGUGUCCAACACCGUGUUGUGGCGGAAAAUCGCGCGGUGCGAAUGAAGCGAUAAAAUCCUUAAACGUCGGCCAAGAUGAGAAAGAAACAGAGAGGCGACAAACAGAGACGAGCUGAAAAAGUGGCGAGACAAGACGGACGAUAUAGAUGAACGAUCUAUAAGGUAACGUAAUUCACGCGAUCUCGACGAUCGCUUGAGAUAAAGGAAACCGAAAUAAUACGGUGGUGCGUAGCUUUUGUCCCUCGAGCGAGUAGAAAGUUGAAGUUGCCGUUUAAUCGACUUCGAGGAACAUCAUCCGGGUAUCGCUCUACAAAAGGACCUUCAGGAAGGAUCAAGAGAUUCUUGGGAAUCCGUGGAAUUCCGUGUGGAUAGUACGGCAGUCGGUGUGUUAGCGGAAAUCGAUUCGGUUGGUAAAAACACGCGAUUGCGUUCGAUUAAUCCUUACAUGGCGGCGUGUGUAUUAUUUACGAUCGGUAGAAAGUACUUACACGACUCGACGAUGAUUUUUCAUGAGAGGGGUUACGCGAUACUCGAGUUUCUUUCUCGAGACACGUACUCGUGCGAUCGCACGCUUGAUAAAAUAAUUCUAAGCUUUUAGUAUUUCAAAGUGAAAAGAGCUUGGUAGGAAACAGUCAAGGUAAAAGGACAACCACGCUAAAACAAUGUUUUUGUAGUCGCAAAGUGGUAAUUCGCGAUUAGAAUGGCAAAGACUAUAAUACGAUCGAAAGCGGGUUAAAAACACGUGACACGAAAUUUCCACAAAACCACCGUUUCGAAUGCUGGGCGAUGACGACGACCUUGAUGAACAAUUCGACCAUGACCGUUCAAACUUCUUACCAUGGACUACCGAAUCGACCAUCGACGAUAUAGAAAAACCGCGGAACAAACAUUUCUCGAGAACAAAAAGGAAUAAAAAUCUAGGGGAAAAAUGCGAAGAGCAGAGCAGCCAACGACGAUAUUUCAGAAAUCACCACGAAUCGAGUUAAAGUCGCAGACCAGCAAACGCGUUAUUAUGGCGGAUAAAAAUCCGCGAAACUUGGCCCAGCGUAACGCGAACAGAGGCACGAACGAACAAUAAAGGUGAAUCGAUUCGGCUCGUUCUCUUAUCACAAUUUUAUAUUUCUCUUUUUAUAAUCGAUUUUUAUGUUUCUCUAACAUAAAGAGGAAAGAAACUUUCGACACAUUUGCGGCAUCGAUUUAUCGACAUCGACAAACUUUUAUCCAAAUUCAGUAAUAAGAGUAAUAAGAGCUAACAACCGCCAAAACCCACUAGUUACUCAAUUUCUUGACACGUCGGAUCAGAUCCGCAGGCUAAAAAGAUAUUACCCUUUAGAUUUAAGCACUAGAUUCAACUAGAAUCAAACACACGAUAUAAAUAAAAUAAAAAAUAUUUAAAAAAAAUCGACAAACUUAUUGGAACGAUAGAAAAAUUUUUCAACGAAUUGUUCCAGAUCUGUAAAAUGUGUAUGAGAAAUGAAAGAUCCUCCGACAAUCUCAACGUUAACCCUUCGCGUUUUCCACGCUCGAAACUCGUUGCAAAAAUUGACAGGAAGCCUCCGUUUCAUGUAUAAAGGCGCAAAAUCGAGAAAUGAAAGCCAUUAACACGAACUUGUUAAUAUUUCUCGGGAAAAGUCUGUAGAUCGUUUAAAGAAACCGGAAACAGAAUCGAAAACGAUGCAAUCCGCCUGCAGCAAGACUGAAUGCUCGGCCGUAUACGCAAGCUUCUGAAAGCAGACGAGUUCCGAGGAGAAUAAGCGCGACGGUACAAGCGUGUACAGCACGCUGAAAGGAUGAGAAAGGCGUUCCGUGUAUGUUUCACCGGCGACUUCGAUUUCACCUUGUUCCGAAGUCCUUUGACCUGCGCUGGAGGCAACGCGUUUGGAACGUGCGACAUAACGCUACCUUGUAGCGAUAAAUUAGAGCUCGUGAGCUCGUGCCGCGUUUACGGACUGUUUGACGUUUUUGCGGACACGCUUCCUCGUAUGGUAUUCAACCUGUUCCGUGUCGAGAGAAAAGUAAACGUUUUGGCAUUUUACGCUCCAGCGUGCUCUGAAGUGCAAACAUUUACAUCGUGAGACAUUUAACGCGUCAUGCACGUCACUGGCAUUACACCUGCCGUCUGUCCAAGUUGCAGAUGAUCGAAAAGAAAAGGAAGGAGGAUACAAGCAGACGGUAGAAAACGUCAGACGAUAUCGAUGUAGUAGCAGAAUGUUCUCCUCAAGAUGUUCCAAACAAAUGUGCCGUUUCUUUCAACUUUACAUAAUAUGCAUAUUACACGGUCAUCUGUUCGCCAACUUGUACUUUUCUUCCUCUCACCUUUAGUAUUCGCCGAGUAUCGGCGUCCUUCAAACUCAAACAUUCACUCUCGUAAAGCAACUUUCCACGAUCACGCUCGGCUCGUGUAUUAAUUUCUGUGCAAACUCGACGAGAGAAGAAGACGCAGUCCCCUCCGUGAACCUACUGCGAUUACUCUUAACCGCGACACGUGACACGCGAUCGGAACGACAUCGCGAAACGAGUCACAAUCAUCGACAAGAUUCACCGAGCUUCGACAUUAAAUCGAGAUCAGACGAUAUCGUGAGCUGCGAGAACGACCAACAGGGACAAGUGAUUGCCCGAACUCAAGGAUGCGGUGGGCAAGGAGACACGCCAGCUACCAUCACUGAAAUCCACCUUCUACCACCUGAAACCUGCGACUGCCAGCCUAACAAGGCCACCUCGAAUUCGAUCCAAAAACAAAAACCAUCACGAGGACGAAGUACCGAAACUACUCCAUGGAUCUAACGGAGGCAUUCGCCCCAGGAGGGGGCGGGGAAGAUCUGCCAAAGACCGAUUUCUUCGACUUCGUCGUCUCUCCGCCACCGCACUGUGCCUCCACGGACGGCGUGUCCGACGAAGAAAGCUUCCUGCAUCGUACCACUUGCAGAAGCAUCGGCUACCUCCAGCAAGGUCACGAGGAACACGAAACUAAUCGCGAAUUGCACAGCUCGCCGUUCAUCAAAGAAACCAACAACAACACUCUGACGGCACUACCCCCAGUCUCGACGAUUACUGGCUCCCUCAGCCACCAUCACCACCAUCACCACGUGAGGACGCACCAUAGCGCCUGUAACGUUCAACAGAGCAACGAGCAAACACCGAUGGAUCAGUCGGAUUGUGAUUAUUGGGGCACGGACGAGAGCAAAGAGCAGACCUGUAAUAUACUCUUGGAAGACCUGAACAAGUACUGCUGGUCGGCCCACGCUAAUGCUCAGAGCCACGGGAAUGACAACGUGAGCGUUCAUCAAGGUUCUAACGAGCAUCAUCAAGGAGUAGGUCGAGGAUGCUCAGCCAACGACAGACAAAAUACGGACGGCGCGAUUUACACGUUGACCGUGUUGAACAACGAAGCCAACUCUAUGGAUGCAUUAGAUUGUUGCAAGAGUCCAGCGCCCACGUCCAGCGAUUCUUGGUCCCUGCGACCCAAUCUGGACCUGGACGCUAUACUGAGCAUGGAACCUGCGUCUACCGAGCAGGAACACGAUCAGACCAGCAGCGUGACCGAAGUGUCGCGGACAGUCAACGACAGGUUUCAUCCAGAUCGUUUCUCUGUUGCAUCCUCCCAAUAUGCUACAGACGACAGCGGAUUUGUCGAAAGUAAGGAAUUAUGCGGCCGAGGAUCGUCCAGUGGUGGCAAUUGCACGGGAGGCGAUAAUAAUAACGAUUGGAAGCUUUCUGAUCAGAAUCUGCAGGAAGCCGCGGCCGCAGCUGCGGCUGCUGUCGCGGUUGGAGCAGGUGACUCGGCGGAGAGUCUUCUGAGAAGCGCUCUUCAAGGAAAAUUGUACACAGGUCCGACUCAAGUAGUUUCGUCUUCCUCGCCGUCUACUCAAGGAUCCGCUAUAUCCAUGCCUGUGACGAGCAACGCUGGGUUGCAGAUAGUGUCCGACCAACAACCGCAACAACAGCAACAACAGCCUCAACAACAGCAGCCGCAGCAACAACAGCAGGAUGAAUCUAUGCAUACUUGUACCGAUGAAGAUCUGUUGCUGUCGCAGUUGGACCAAACGACCUAUCGUCCCGGUGAUUACGAGAAGCUGAAGAGCAUAGCCAACGAAGUGGUAGAGUCGUACUGCAGUUUGGAGCCCGUUUGCAACGUGUCUGCGACGACAACGGUUAUGUACACGCUGGAUCCAACCAGUGGGAGUCUGGGAACGAUAACUCUUCCCGCGGAUCUGGGCCAAGUUAGCACGGUUACAGUAGUAACAGCGGCUCAGCAGGAUGUUCUACAGCAACAAGCUACUCCUCGAACCGAAGUGGAGCAACAACAGACAGCCAACCAGCUUCAAAUAGCUCCGUCCAGAGUGGUUACAACUAAAGCUCCCAAAAAGUACUGUCGACGUACCAACAGAAACAACAGCAACUCGAACGCAGCCAGCAACGGCAGCAGUGGUUCAGAGACCGGUGGAAGCACCAGUGGAACGCAGCAAGGCGCUUCCGGCGGUUCUCCAGGCAGCGUCCAACGCAAGGAACGUUCGCUGCACUAUUGCAGUAUCUGUAGCAAAGGCUUCAAGGACAAAUACAGCGUCAACGUUCACAUCAGAACACAUACCGGCGAGAAGCCUUUCGCCUGUUCCUUAUGUGGCAAGAGUUUCCGACAGAAGGCCCACUUGGCAAAGCACUAUCAGACCCACGUGACGCAGAAGCCCAGUGUCCAGCAGCAAGCGACCGGCAGUAGCACCAGCAACAGCGGAAACAGUGGGAAUCCCAGUCCAUCCGGCGAAACGAGUAGCUCGACGACGAGCAGCGUGACAAAUAGGAGUCAACCGCACCAAGUGUCUGUCGAUCCAGCGGGGACCGCCUGUAAUCCACCCAGUUAGUUGCAUUGGGAGGACCAGACGGCCCACACCCGGUUCCCAGUGUCCAGUUGGACGCGUUCGAUCGUUGCUACUCCAUUCUCUAUUCCCGGUGGCACGGUGCGGAUUUUGCACGACGGUGAUGGUCAACGAAGGAUACACCGUGCGAGUCUUCCUCUAUUACUAUUCACUUCUACGUAUCUCUCUUUCUGUCUCUUUAAUUCUUGCUCUUCCCUACCCUCGUUUCUCUGUCUCUCUGUUUCUUCAUACUCUCCGAUUACGAUCUUCGUUCACUUGGAGAUACCGCGCGGGAAUGAUUUACGACCAGACAGGUCGCGGAACUCCCGGCACAGAGCGAACCAUGACCAAGGAUCGCGAGAUUGGCCAACGUCCAUGGACUAAUUUUUAGACAGGCGUCUCGCGAUCUCGUCUUAGAGAGAAUUUCCUGCUGAUUGGAAGAACGAUCCGGGAUAUUUAUUCGAGUUGCACGCGGCGGUGCUCAUGAGUUACGCCAGAUAGAGCGAACUGGUAGCCGUUGGUAGCUGAUUCUCGUAAAACGCAUGGGCUUCAGCGAGACACGCCGCGGAACGCUCCCUCGAACGCUUUCCUUUCUAGGCGUUUCCGAUAUCGCGUGUGGUCGUUGGAAGAGAUAUAGCGAUAUCGUAAAUUUGCAAAGAAAUAGAAGUUUAUGGACUUCGAGAAUCGAGUAAUUUGAGACGUUUUCAGAGACUGUUCGAGGACACUUUGACAGAGGAUCUAGAGCUUCAGUUAGGGUCGAGUGAUGUCAUUUUCCUUUGCUGCAUAUUCUCAAAGAUUUGUUUUCUGAAACAGAAGAUCACAUCUAUAGUGAUCUAUAUAACUUGAAAUGAAAACUCAUAGCCGAGAUUGUGUAUCGAAACUAAGCUUAACUUGUGUUGUACGGAUUUUUCUGAUUAACACAUUUGAGCAUUUGUUUAUUUUCACGUUACAUUUGUUAAGCAUUAACUUAUUCCGAAUUUAUAUUCUGCCAGCUAGGAUUUUAUCACAUCGUUGGGGUUAGUAACGAUGAUCGAGGAAGACUGGGAUAAUUUGAAACAAAGGAGGUUCUUGUAAUCGACGAAUUUAUAUUCUGCAAGCUCAGGUUUUAUAACACGUCGUUAAAUUUAACAACGAUGAUAGAAAUUGCCUUUGAGAAACACGUGUCGGUACCACCGUCUAACCGAAUCUAACGUUUCGUUUUACGACCUCGCUAUAUCUCUUGCAGGCACUGUACCCUUGUCUCACGCGUAACAACGUUUUCUUAAUCGAAUGCCGUCCUUAGAAUCGCGAUCGAAUCGCGUGUCGUGAAUUUAUCCGCUGGAGAAUGAAGCUUCUGGCGACUUCCAUAGCUGUUCCUAUCGCCGAUAUAAAUUUCUGCAUGUAUCAUUCGAUUUUUCCAACGAAUACGAUCUGUGAGAGUAGUGCACGCGCCUGGAAACUCGCAUUGGUGAUGCUCGUUACGAGGCGUGUUAGUCCGGUCGAUAAGUUCACGAUGAUUAGGUUAAGCAGGCGAGCAUAGAUCGCCCUUUAUUUUUUUAUUCUCAUAAUUAAUUAUUCCUCGUUCGAUAUCGAUUGAUCCAGGUCGUUUAACGUGUCUCAAAAGAAACAAUGGAAUAAAAUGACGGGAAAUGUAAAAGUAUAAAGGCGAAGAGAAAAAGAGAGACGAAUAAAGGUAUGAAAACGCGAGAAAGAGAGAACGUCGAAGGAUUUAAGUAACGCGAUGGA